ACAGGCUUGCCAGUGUGCAGUUUCACAUUCAAUUUUAUUUGUCAAGGUGUUUUGAUUAAUUUUAUCCAUAGCCAAACAAGUAUUUUAUGUUCGUACUCAUACACCGACCGUUCGUUUUCGUGUAAAAAAAAUACAUAUCAAGAGAUGCACAGUAAUCAUUACACGUAAAAUUAAAAUGGAAGCUUUUGCUAACUGGUACGUUCGGUUAAAUCAUUUUAAAGUAUUUACCAUUUUACAAGUACGAAAAACCAUUAUUACGAAACGGGUAUAAUUUAUACGCGUCUAGCUGGGGGGAAAACCAGCGUGAAUCAGCAAUGUACUGCUUUGUUAACCUUUUACGCGAAACCCGGUGAACAACACCCUACCCCCCCCCGGGACAGCAGGGUCCGCACUCCACGCCGGCAUGGCGCCCCCUAACGGCCUCCUGUGUUCGGCCAGAAGAUAUCCCAGAGUUCCCAGCGGUCCAUUGAACUGGAAAAAAGGAAGGGCUACGAGCGCAGAUGCAAGAGUACUAGAUUCUGAGUUGCUGUGUUCCAUUUAAAGUAUUUUUUUAGUGAGGAGUCCCAGCAUUCACUGGGGUUUCUUCCAAAUAACACUGCUGCACCGACAUUUCUCAUGAAGACGACAGCCAGUUUUCAGUCAGAGAUUAGGAAGACUGCGCCUGCUCUCCAUGGAUACUUGAUUUGCGCAGAUAGAGGAGCGCUCUCUUGGUGGGAUAGCCAAUCUACUUGCUAUAUAUCUACGUCGGGCUGCUAAAAAAAAAAAAAAAAAUCGGUACUCGCCACCCUGACAACCGGAUCAAUCCCGGAGUCCGGCGGCGGAUGCUGGCUCUCGGGAUAACCGUACCGAUACGCCGCGUCCCGGCCUCCCGGAGCCGCCCGUGAAGCUCCCAGCCGGCGAGGUGGCGGACGGACUGCGUACGUUUAUGGGACGAGUGGAAGAAGCCGAGGUGAGGGUGGGAGCAGCGCCCGUAACCCGUCCCGCGAGCGGAGCCGUCUCCUCAUUCUCGGAGCUCGCGCUGACUGUCGCUAGGCACUCGCGACGGCUCGGGACGAUCCAGCCGUAAAUGAGUGUGGUGCCGAGAGCCCAGCAUGAAGAAAGCAAGCAGGCCAGCCUCCACUAAAGCCCAGAGUGGAGAGCGGGGCAAGGCUGAAGGGGGAUCGGCAGGCACAACAGGGAAGGCUGCUGCCAAGACGUCUGGCGUAGCGCCGUUAUCCAAGACUAAAAGCAAUGAUGACCUCCUAGCUACAAUGACAGGGGCAGCUCCAGUCAACAACAGCACCGUCACCAAGGGCAAGAAGGGCAGCUCCAUCCACCCGUCCUCCACAGCAACUAGCUCUGGGAACCCCGAGGGCAAGCCGAAGACAAACUCUGGCUCUUCCACCAAACGUGGCACCUCUGUGACCUCCAAGGACCCCAGCUCAUCCCGGGACCGACUGCGGAACUCCAGGACCUCUGGCGGUCGAAAGCUUUCAACGACGACAGCAACUGCAGCAGGGCCCACCGACGCAGUACAGGCAAAGCGUUCCCGCAGCCGCACCCUGGCAGAAACUGAGUCCCGCAUGAGCAAGUCCAAAUCAGACAGCCAGAUUGGGGAUAAGGCAGCGCUGGAGGCCAGGGUAAAGGACCUUCUGGGUCUGGCCAAGAGCAAGGACGUGGAAAUCCUGCAGUUGCGCAAUGAGCUCCGGGGCAUGCGAGCGCAGCUGGGCCUGGGGGACGAGCCUGCAGAUGAACGGGCUGACGAUGAGGACAGGCCGCAGGGCAGGGAAGCAUCUGCCAUCACAGCUGCUGAUGUGGAGUCCACCCUCCUUUUGCUCCAGGACCAAAAUCACAGUAUCCGUGAUGAACUGAACCUGCUGAAGAAUGAGAACCGAAUGCUGAAGGACCGGCUUAACGCUCUGGGCUUCUCCCUGGAGCAGCGACUGGACGGGCCGGACAAACUCUUUGGCUACCAGUCUGCAAGUCCUGAGCCAGUGACGGACGGUGGUCACAGUGACCGCGGUGGUGCCCUAGCCUCAUCCGUGGAGGGCUCGGCCCCUGGCUCCAUGGAGGACCUGCUGGUGGAGCACCAGCGCAGCAGCUCCGUGGACAACCUAGACAGUGAAUCCAGUGAGGUUUACCAGCCUGUCACUUCCAGCGACGACGCACUGGAUGCUCCCUCUGGCGCCUCUUCCUCUUCCUCCGAGUCAGAGGGUGCACCAAGCCGCGAGCGGUCACGGAAGGGCAGCAGCGGCAACACGAGCGAGGUGUCGGUGGCCUGCUUGACGGAACGCAUCCACCAGAUGGAGGAAAACCAGCACAGCACAGCCGAGGAGCUCCAGGCAACCCUCCAGGAGCUGGCCGACCUGCAGCAGAUCACGCAGGAGCUUAACGGCGAGAACGAGCGGCUGGGUGAGGAGAAGGUCAUCCUCAUGGACUCUCUGUGCCAGCAGAGUGACAAGCUGGAGCAUCGGGGUCGGCAAAUCGAGUACCUGCGCUCGCUGCUAGAAGAGCAUCAUGUGGCCUACUCCAUGGACGAGGAUGUCAAGAGCGGCCGUUACAUGGAGCUGGAGCAACGCUACGUGGAGCUGGCAGAGAGUGCCCGUUUUGAGCGUGAGCAGCUGCUGGGUGUGCAGCAGCAUCUCAGCAACGCGCUGAAGAUGGCUGAGCAGGACAACAAGGAAGCCCAGGAGAUCAUCGGCGCACUCAAAGAACGUAACCACCACAUGGAGCGCGCCGUCGAGUCCGAACGGCAGGAGCGGGCAGCUGCCGUGGCUGCGCUUGAGGAGUGCAAGGCUACAGCGGCCAGCGACCAAGCCGAGCUUAACCGUUGCCGGGUACAGUUGGAGCAGGAGCGCCAGAAGGUGGCUGAGCUCUACUCCAUUCACAACUCUGGUGAUAAGACCGACAUCCGGGAAUUACUGGAGAGCGUGCGCCUCGACAAGGAACAGGCUGAAGGCGAGGCCACCAGGCUGAGGGAGGAUCUGGGCCACACCCGCAACGAGGUCGCCCGACUCCAAGACACCCUCAGCAAGUUGGACGAAGAAUACCGGGAUUUCAGGGAUGAGCUUCAAAAACAGUUGGCAGAACAGAAACGAGCCCUGGACAAGCAGCGUGAGGAGCUGGAGGAGAAGGACACAGAGAUUGGGGACAUGAAGGAGACCAUCUUCGAGCUGGAGGACGAGGUGGAGCAGCACCGGGCGGUCAAGCUGCACGACAACCUCAUCAUCUCUGACUUGGAAAACUCUGUAAAGAAGCUGCAAGACCAGAAACAUGACAUGGAGAGAGAGAUAAAGAUUCUGCACCGGAGGCUGCGGGAGGAGUCUGCGGAAUGGCGCCAGUUCCAGGCCGACCUGCAGACUGCUGUGGUCAUCGCCAACGACAUCAAGUCGGAGGCCCAGGAGGAGAUCGGCGACCUGCGUCGGCGUCUGCAGGAGGCCCAGGAGAAGAACGAGAAGCUGAGCAAAGAGCUGGAGGAGCUGAAGAACCGCAAGCAAGACGAGGAGCGGGGCCGUGUGUAUAACUACAUGAAUGCAGUGGAGAGGGACCUGGCGGCUCUGCGUCAGGGCAUGGGCCUGAGCCGGCGCUCCUCCACCUCCUCUGAGCCGUCACCCACCGUCAAGACCCUCAUCAAGUCGUUCGACAGCGCCUCACAAGGUCCAGUCCCCACCACGUCGCCCCCUCCUGCUGCAGCCGCUGCUACCACCACACUUCCCCGGACUCCCCUGAGCCCUAGUCUGCUAAAAACUCCCCCUGCGGCCGCUGUCUCACCUAUACAGAGACACACCAUGAGCGGGUCCAUCUCCACUCCGAAGCCCCUCCCCUCCCUUGGCGACAAGAGGCCCGCCUAUGCGGAGAUCAGCGUGCCAGCAGAACACCUCCUCCGUGGCCCUCCAGGCAGUCGUCCUGGGUCUGCCCUGCAGAGGGUCUCCAAUAUGGACUCCACCAAGGCCAUAUCAGUGUCCCGUCGGAGCAGCGAGGAGGUGAAGAGGGACAUCUCGGCCCCAGAGUCGGCAGCUGCCGCUUCACUGAUGGCCAUGGGCGGGACCCCCAGCCAGCUUUCCUUGGCCUCGUCAUCACCCACCGCUUCGGUGACCCCCACUACACGCAGCCGUCUCCGGGAGGAACGCAAGGACCCUCUGUCGGCGCUGGCACGGGAAUAUGGCGGCUCGAAGAGGAACGCUCUACUCAAAUGGUGCCAGAAGAAGACUGAAGGAUAUCAGAACAUUGACAUCACCAACUUCAGCAGCAGCUGGAAUGACGGUCUGGCUUUCUGUGCUAUCCUCCACACCUACCUGCCAGCCCAUAUCCCGUACCAGGAGCUUAACAGCCAAGAUAAGAGGCGAAAUUUCAUGCUGGCUUUUCAGGCAGCGGAAAGCGUGGGGAUCAAGUCCACAUUGGACAUCAACGAGAUGGUGCGCACAGAGCGGCCGGACUGGCAGAGCGUGAUGACCUACGUCACAGCCAUAUAUAAGUACUUUGAGACCUGAUGCAGCGUGGGCCUCACGGCCCACGUGUGAAAGAUGCCGCUGCUCCACACCGUUGCCUCGGAUACUACACCUGUCCUCUCUCCCUCCUGCCAACUGUCUGAAGACUCUCUCUUCUGCACAUUAGCAAGUGCUCUUCCCCCAGCCCACCCCCCCGCCCUUUGUUAGCACACCUCAGAUAAUCAGCGCAUGCUAGAAAGUAGGAUGGUGGACGGUCAUGUUCUUCAGAUUUAACCCCUUUAUGGCAAUUUCCAGUGUCAGUGUUCGCUACAGAGUCAGUUGCCAUGACCGCUAAUCCCAUCACUACCGGGUCCACACAGCCGAACUGCUUUUCAUUGCCGUCUUGUUUUGGGGACCUUGAAUUAAUCAGGGUUUUCCUUUUUUUCCUGUAUGUCAUUUAAUUCCCAAAUGAGACGUUUUCCUUCCCAGCUCUGUUUCUCCUGCCCCCUUCAAUCUGCUGAGGGGAAACGAGGGGCCCAACCUUUGCCAUUGUGGGUUCCUGCUUCGGAGAGCGAACCUGACCUUUGUGCCUUUCCUAGCACCCACUGCUUGCUUAUUUAAACCAUCCGUAGACUAACAGCAAGUGCACAGUUGUGGGUUCAGUAUAAUUUUCAUGGAAAUCGUGUGGAGUUUAAAUCUGAGAAUAUUGGUUUGGGGUGUUCUGGUUGUUUUGAGCUUGUUUGUCUUUCAGCAAUAGGGUAAUAGGGUCCAAGUUUGGCCAACACGGUGCCCGACUGAGCAGAGCCUUGUGGGAUAAGGUCCUCCGAAGAGUAGGCUCAGUGUGCUGUGUGCUGAAAAAGCCUGUGAUUCACGCUCAUGUUCUAUUUAAGUCGUUACACUUUUUGUUUUGCUGGUCUUAAAAAGUUAUUAAAAUGUAUAAUUUUAUAAUUGCAACAGUGGUUUUGGAUAAUUUAAGAUUUAGUCAGAGAUCACUGAGAGACUGAACCAAAUGUUUUGGGGGCUGGAGGAAGCCAGUCGAUCAUAAGCUUUAUGGGCACCCUGUCUCAGGCUGAGGGAGCUGCGUUACUGGUUUUUCGUAUCGUUUGUCUUGUUUUGUCGCUUGGUAGUGUUCUGUCAUGAAACCCUGGUGUGAAGUAUCCUCUGAAGUCAUGGAAAGAGCGAGUGUUUAAUAAGCUAAGUGCCUACUUUAUGGGCAAUACAACAUUCAAACAAUGAGUGUGUGAUGGUUGACCAGUGAGCUUGGCAUUACCAUUGGAAUUGGUAAUCACAGUUUUGUUCUAAAUUACUCACGGAGAGUGUAUGGACCAGUCUAGGCCAUGAGGAUAAUGGCUUUUCUUUAUCUUUCAUGGUCAGAGAUAUGUUACUUGUACUGCACUAUAUCUCAUAUUACAGAAUACAUUUUUAAAUGUAUUUCUCUUCUGUUUUUCAAACAUUAGUUUUCAUCCAUCAUGGCUGUUGAUGGAGACUCUUUGCAGCAUACGAAUGCCUUAUUAAUGGUCUGUCUCAUCUGAACUCAGAUUGCUGAGUUAGAGGUGCGAUCAUGGAGAAUGGGGACACUGCGAUUCAGAUUCUAAGGCUGUGAUUGAAGGGAGUGUGUGUUUGGGUGAGAAUGUUAAGUUGUGAGAGGUCAUUUCAAGGUCAUACAGUUCAGCAGCAAUAUAAACAGUAUUCUAAAUAUGCAUUGCUGAUAUGCACCAUUUUCUGCUGGAUUUAACUGCUUCAUGUGCCAUUUAUUUUAAUUUUCUAAAACCAAAAAAGAAUGAUUUGAAAUAAUCAUUUUGUGUGUUUCAGCUUCUGAGUUCCAGGCUAGGGGAAAUGCCUAACUCCUCACUGUAACUUCCCUUUCAGACACAAAUCUCAAGCAUUAAUGGCCUCUCUGAUUUAAUGUACAGGCUGAUUUCCAUUGGAGUCUUAAUUAGUGCUGAAAGGAUGAUUAGAGUCUUACCCACAUAAUUGAGUCCUUGGCUCACAUCCCACAUUGGCAGUUCAGAUUGGAUGAAAUAUACUACUCAAUAUUAUGGUUUGGCAAUUCAAGUUUUGUGUGUACAUAAAACAUUUAUUAGUUUGAAAAACAAUUGAGCAGUUCCGAUUUUAGCCACUAAUAGAGAUUUUUAAUCUGGCACUGCAAUAUCAGGUCUCAGUCUAUGGGCUUGUGUUGGGGGCCGGCAUUGAGAGUGACAGGCUUCAGGGAAAUUGAGCUGUUACCUUGAGCCCCCCCUGUCAGUCUGGAGCUGCCGCCCUUGUAAAAGCCCCCCCCCCCAGUCCCCCACUGCAUUCGAGGCCCCCCACGUGGGAAAGCUCAUCCCCUACUGCCUUAUGAGCUCCUAGUCGUAAUUAUUUGUGCCUAAAGCGGACGUUUGCGUAAACCUCACGAGACCACAGCUUCCAAGCGGAGCACGGCUUAGUUUUUGAGAAGCACACGUUCACCUCCGACGGCUCUCGGCUCAUCGGGGGAGGAUGUUCUUUUCGGGGACCAUGAAGGUCUUCCAUCAUUCUUAGAGAAUACAUGUUAGUUAUCUGUACAAUUGUGUAUAGUUUCUUAAAGUCUUACGGCUGCUUUUUUAUUUUAUGACAAGCUGCUUAAGUAAUUGGUUGGUGUCGCCUGGCAGUCAGAGCUGACAGGCAGUGGUCAAAUGCUGUUCCCAUGGGAACAGACCCCCGUCUGGACAGUGGAGUGGAAACGUGCUCAGGUUCAUGUCCACAUGUUACUGUGGUUCACACAUUUGAUUCACGUUGUCCUUGACAGACUGUUGUCCGCUGUUCUCGUCUCCACAAACCGAAAUGCCUUCCGAUGACCAUUGUGUGGACGUUCAUGACAUUUGCCGGAGUUUAAGCUGUCCUCUCCAUGGAAGAACUACUUUGUUACCUGGAUCCUAAACCCAUGACCUACGUUUUGGUAAACUCCUGAGUUAACACUAUCUGCAAUGAAAGCAACGUAGGUGAGGAUUCCUAGAAAACAUUGAAAUACUCCUUGUUUAUUUUCACGUGUAUCAUGUUGAAUGUAAUUAAAAUACUUCAAGCUUCUCCUA